UUAGUGUGUGACGUCACAGCUGUCACUGUGGCAGGCGGCCUGUAUGUGUUGUGUUCGCUCUCGACUCAUCAGCUUCUCAAACCGGUUAUAUCUCCGUUCAAACGGCAGUAAAGAAACACACAUUGCAUAAAGAAUCACAUUAAACUGCUUUCCCCAGCUUGCUGCAAUGGCCGACCCGAAGUAUGCAAACCUGCCGGGCAUCGCCUCCAAUGAGCCUGAUGUCUAUGAGACGAGUGAUCUGCCCGAGGAUGAUCAGGCGCAGUUUGAGUCGGAGCUGGAGGAGCUGUGUAGCGACAGCGUGGAGCGGAUCGUCGUCAAUCCCAACGCCGCCUACGACAAGUUCAAAGACAAACACGUCAGCGCCAAGGGUUUGGAUUUCUCGGACCGCAUCAGUAAGAGUCGCAGGGUUGGCUAUGAGUCUGGAGAGUUUGAACUUUUAGCUGAGGGUUGUGGCGUGAAGGAAACUCCUCAGCAGAAGUAUCAGCGACUGGUUAAUGAGAUUCACGAGCUCUGCCAGGAUGUGGAACAUAUUCAGGUCACGACUAAAGAGAGCAGCUCGGAGGAGCGUUUGACUCCGGUGGCUUUGGCUCAGCAGGCGGCGCAGCUCAAACAGCAGCUGGUUUCAGCUCAUCUGGACUCUCUGCUCGGACCCAACGCUCACAUCAACCUCACCGACCCUGACGGAGCGCUCGCCAAGCGGUUGUUGACUCAGCUGGAGGUGGCUCGGGGCGUGAGGAGCGGAGCGGGUGCAGAAAGCAAGACAGCGGCACCCAAAGGACCAGACGGUGUGAUUCUCUACGAGCUCCACAGCCGACCGGAGCAAGAGAAGUUCACAGAGUCUGCUAAAGUCGCCGAGCUGGAGAGACGGCUGGCCGAACUGGAGACGGCGCUGGGAUCCGGCUCAGAGAAACAGGGUCCGCUCAGCUCUGGGGUUCAGGGAGCCAGUCUGAUGGACACUAUAGAGCUGCUGCAGGCGCGGGUCGGUGCGCUGGACGCUGCCACGCUGGACCAGGUGGAAGCCAGACUACAGAGCGUUCUGGGGAAGAUGAAUGAAAUCGCCAAGCACAAGGCGGCCAUCGAGGACGCAGAGACCCAGAACAAGGUGUCUCAGCUGUAUGACGUGGUGCAGAAGUGGGAUGCGAUGGCCACGUCUCUCCCGCAGCUGCUGCAGAGACUGCUGGCCGUCAGAGAGCUGCACGAGCAGGCGAUGCAGUUUGGGCAGCUGCUGACCCAUCUGGACACGACGCAGCAGAUGAUCAACAACUCUCUGAAGGACAACAGCACUCUGCUCACGCAGGUCUGUCCUCAAACACCACUGACGCAAACAAAUGAGUGCAAUUAA